UGCUCCCGCCCGACGUGGCCGUCCUCGGAGCUCUGUCCGCGGGCUGGCAGUAGGUCUGCGGCUCGGUUCCGGUCCCUCCGAGCAGCAGAGAUGGUGGAGAAACCCCGGAACGGCGGCGUGUUCCCCGGGGCGCCGGUCGACCAGAGGAAGGUGGGCUUCGUGGGUCUGGAGCCCGGUGGGGGGGCCGAGUCCAGCAGGGACGGGGCUCUGCUCAUAGCAGGUGUUGAUGAGGGCCCCCGGCGGCAGCGCAGCAGCGUCUCUGGGGGCCGGAAGCCCCCCAAGAGGAAUGCGCAGUACCGCCGGCUGCAGAUGUUCCUCUACAACGUGCUGGAGAGACCUCGGGGAUGGGCCUUCAUCUACCACGCAUACGUGUUCGUGCUGGUGUUCUCCUGUCUGGUUCUUUCGGUGUUCUCCACCAUCAGAGAGUACGAGAAGUCUUCAGAGGACGCUCUCUACAUCCUGGAAGUGGUGACCAUCGUGGUGUUCGGGGUGGAGUACAUUGUGAGGAUCUGGGCGGCAGGUUGCUGCUGUCGGUACCGAGGAUGGAGAGGACGCCUCAAAUUCUCCAGAAAACCGUUCUGUGUCAUCGACGUCAUGGUGCUGAUAGCCUCCAUCUCCGUGCUGGCUGCAGGGACUCAGGGGAACGUCUUCGCCACUUCAGCCAUCCGGUCGCUUCGUUUCCUUCAGAUUCUGAGGAUGAUCCGGAUGGACCGGCGGGGGGGAACCUGGAAGCUACUGGGCUCGGUGGUCUACGCCCACAGCAAGGAGCUGAUCACGGCGUGGUACAUCGGCUUCCUGUGUCUCAUCCUCGGCAGCUUCCUGGUGUAUUUGGCGGAGAAGGAGGACAACGAGCAGUUUGAGACGUACGCCGACGCCCUCUGGUGGGGACUGAUCACCUUGACGACCAUCGGCUACGGAGACAAGUUCCCCAUCACCUGGAACGGCCGGCUGCUCGCCGCCACCUUCACGCUCAUCGGGGUCUCCUUCUUCGCCCUGCCGGCCGGGAUCCUGGGUUCUGGCUUUGCUCUGAAGGUUCAGGAGCAGCACCGUCAGAAACACUUUGAGAAGAGAAGAAACCCGGCAGCCGGACUCAUCCAGGCGGCGUGGAGGGUUUACUCCACAGAUCUGAGCCGGACCGAUCUGAACUCGACGUGGGAUUAUUACGAGCGGACGGUCUCCGUCCCAUACAGGUUGAUGCCUACUCUCAAUCAGUUGGAUUUAUUGAGGAACCUCAAGAAUAAAUCAGGACUCUCCUUCAGGAAGGACGUCCAGCCUGAGCCGUCUCAAGACCAUCAGAAGGUCAGCCUGAAGGAGAGGGUCUUCUCGUCACCCCGGAGUUCAGUGACCAAAGGAAAAGGUUCCCCUCAGCACGUCGGCUCAGUCAUCCCCGGAGGACUGGGGACCGUCCAGGCCCUGCGAGGUUCCCCCGGCGCUGAGCCCAAUCCGGAGGAGAGUCCCAGUAAGGUUCCGAAGAGCUGGAGCUUCGGAGAACGGAGCAGAACCAGGCAGGCCUUCAGGAUCCGAGGGGCGGCGGCGCGCCAGAACUCUGAAGUGCUGAUAGAGAUGCAGGAUGAAGAGUUCAGACAGAAGGGGUCCCCAGACACCAGCCUGCCGGGAGAAGACAUGGCCGACGACAACAAGAGCUGCCACUGUGAGUUCGUCCCCCAGGAUCUGACCCCGGGGAUGAAGGUCACCAUCAGAGCCAUCUGUUUAAUGCGCUUCAUGGUGUCCAAGAGGAAGUUUAAAGAGAGUCUUCGUCCCUAUGAUGUCAUGGAUGUGAUCGAACAGUAUUCAGCCGGACACUUGGACAUGCUCGCCCGCAUCAAGAACCUCCAGUCGAGGGUGGAUCAGAUCGUCGGCAGAGGGACACCAAUCGCAGACAAGGACCGUCCCAAAACGACCAAUGAGGAGCUUCCCGAGGAUCCGAGCAUGAUGGGAUGGCUGGGGAAGGUGGAGAAGCAGGUCGUAUCCAUGGAGAGAAAGUUGGACUUCCUGGUGAACAUCUACAUCCAGCGAAUGGGAAUCCCGCAGAGCGAGACCGACGCCUACUUCGGCUCCAAGGAGCCAGACCCGGCCCCGCCCUACCACAGCCCGGUGGACCAACUGGAGAAGAGCCACUCCAUCUCCAAGAUCCCUCAGCUGUUGCCUGGAGACCACGUCGAGAAGAGCCGCGUGGGGACCAAGAUGGUCCGCUCCAGCAGCUCCACCGGACACAGGAAUGCCCCCACCUCCUGGCAGCCAAUCAGCUCCCAGCUCCACCAGCAGGCCCCGCCCCCUGCCUCUCCCCACCGCAGCCACACUCCGAGCCCGGUCGGGGACGGGUCACUGGUUCGACUCCCACCUCCUCCGGCCGGAGAGAGACACGGCGGGAACCGAUCGAAGCGCCACAGCACCGGAGACCGAGGGGCGGCAGAGAGACCAGAGAGGGGGAGGAGGAGGAGGAGGAGGAGGAGGAGGAGGAGGAGCAGGAGAGGAGGUGAAGCCGACAGCGACGCCUCCAUCCCGUCUGUGGACCACGAGGAGCCGGUGCGCUCCUUUAGCGGCUUCUCCAUCUCCAAGUCCAGAGAGAAACUGGACUUCCUCAACAAUGGCUUCGACUCUUCCAGAGGAGCCGCUGCAGAAUCCCGGCCAUACAUCGCAGAGGGGGAGUCUGACUCUGACUCGGAGCUCUUCGCUCCCUCGCCGCACUCGGACCGGGCCAAAGCCAAGUAGAGUCCGAGGUAAACCGGACCAGAACCAGCAGAACAACUCAAGUGAUGACAAACGAAAACUAUAAGAAACUGAUUACACACCAGCUGAGUCUCAAGAGUGAAGCAUCAUGGGAACUGUGAGCGACACAAUUUACCAGGUGUCACGCUGGUUUUAUUCAUGUGAAUGUUUUAACCUGAACAGCAAAACUUUGUUCUCACGGUCACUGGUUGGUUGACUGGUUGGUUCACUGAUUGGUUCACUGGUUGGUUCACUGGUUGGUUGACUGGUUGGUUCACUGAUUGGUUCACUGAUUGGUUCACUGGUUGGUUCACUGGUUGGUUCACUGAUUGGUUCACUGAUUGGUUGACUGGUUGGUUCACUGAUUGGUUGACUGGUUGGUUCACUGGUUGGUUCACUGGUUGGUUCACUGGUUGGUUCACUGGUUGGUUCACUGAUUGGUUCACUGAUUGGUUCACUGGUUGGUUCACUGGUUGGUUCACUGAUUGGUUCACUGAUUGGUUCACUGAUUGGAUGUUUUCUUUUACUCGUGGUAUAUUUCAAUCUAGCCAACGUCCAUGUUCGAUAAUCAAAAAAAUUAGUUCUCGAACAUUCGUGGCCAGAUCUCUCGCACGUCGACCGUCUGUACGAUCAGAAACCGAUAAUCAUCCCGUGUGAUUAGUAAGCACAUUCAUUAAUAACUCCCAACAGGUUUUUAAUCCAGCGACAGGAAUGUAAACGAUUAAAUACUGAGAGUUUUUUUAUCGCAGAACCCUUUCAGGAAGCCAAAAUAGGACAAACCCGCCAAAAUAAGAGUCUCUUGCCGCCUUCUGGAAGAAGUUUCUGACCAGCAGUGGAGCUGAAAACCCAAACGUUUGUCCUGAAGGCUGGCCCGAGAACCUUAAAGUAUUCAUUAUUUAAAUGGUCUGUUAUUAAUCGUCUGUGCGCCGUCACUCUGGUCACCGAGCGUGUGAACAACGUCGUAGAAGUUAUUGUUUUUCAUAUGAGACAUUUCGUUUCUAAGAAAAAAAUUCUUUCUGCAGAACGUUGUCCGUUUGAUUGUAUUUCAAUAUUAAUUAAAAACAUUUAACCACAAAAAAUA